AUGCCUCGGUCAAUCGUCGCCUCGACCUUGGGGUCGUUACUAUUACUCGCAAAUCCGACCAUGGGAAUGACUGGUUGGUGGACUUGGUCGGAGUAUUCUCUCACGCCUCACUUUGCAUUCCAAGAUCCCGGGUCUGGCGAUCUAGUACACACCGCUUGCAAUAGCAAUGGCUCGGCCGUAUUUCCGACAGAUGAGAUGCACAAGUUUCCUAUCAAGGCCAAACCGAAGCCAGCAACAGCACUCGCAGUGGUAGGAUGGUACGAUGAUGAGUUGAGGACGACAGUCGCUUCAGUUUUCUUCCAAGCCCGUGACGGUUCUUUAGUCAACGCCGACGUAACAUGCAACUGGAAGACGGGCGACUACGAACUGCAAGAGGGUGGAGAGUACAAGGUCAGCGAAGACGCCAGCGCACCGUCUAUACACGAGGAUACAGGGCUAGCUGUGGUGGAGCUUGGCGAUUCCGGCGGGAACCGGGUCUUUUACCACGACGAGGAUGGAAGGGUCAAUGUCCUAGCAUACGACGACGAUACCGACUGGGUUUACAUUGGACCUGUUUCCCAACUCGAACCAGAGGGCAAGACAUUGGGGGCAGCGAGGAUGAGUGGGACCAACAUGUCGGUGAUCUUUCCGUACGAUACGGACAACUUUGCCAUUGCUGGAUACAAGGAGGAGAACAAGGACAAGUGGAGUCUGAGUUCCCUCCCACUAGGCUUCAAGAGCCCAACGCCGACCAACAAAACCGCAACAUCAAAAUAUGCCUUUGACUGGUCCAAGGACGUACCAUUCAUUCUCCCUGAAAUCGACAUGACGACAGUCAGCGUCACCCUAGCAUCCAACGAAGAAUCUUUGACAAAUAUAUUCUACGUCGGUACAGACUCAAAGCUUCAUCAGGUCACUAACGGGAAAGAUGGAUGGGAACUUGCCAAGGAUCCUGGGGAGAAGAAGUGGCCCAAGGCUGGCGACAAGUCGGCUCGACUAGCACUAGUUGCCGCGCCGGAAUCUGAAGAGCUCUGGAUCUUUUAUCGAAAUGGAAAAGAUGUUAUGGAACUACACUUGGACGAGUAUGGAACAUGGGCGGAUGCGAAGAAGGUCUCAUCCGUGAAUGAGAAUGCGCCAACGUCCGACGACGACGACGAGGACGAUAAUGAGGAGGAAGAGGAGGGUUCAACUGGAUCAUCAAACUCGAACCACAACAACGACGGCGAAACAUCCGAAUCAUCAAGUGGUCUAUCUACCGGAGCCAAGGCGGGUAUUGGUGUUGGCGUAAGUCUUGGCGCCUUGGCUGCAGCAGGUGCCAUCUUCAUGGUCAUCCGCCGGAGAAGAAGAUCAAACACCGUCACACAACAAGACCCCAUGAGUCCAGACCAGAUGCACCAAGAAGGAUAUCGUGCAGUCAACAGCGAUAAGCCAGCAGAACUACCCAUCGACCAGGGGCCUCACGAGCUGCCGACGAAUGAACCUGAAUAUGAGCUGCUAGGCGAUACUGAGCAACGACGACUGGGGAGUAGGACGGGGAGCAGGACGGGGAGUAGACAAAGUGAAGGGGGACAAGACGAAACGGGGCAUAGUGAUAGAACACGGGAGAACAGAGACGGAGGAGCUAAUGUCUGA